UUCCCAUCACAUAAAAAUGGGAAAACACGCCGAAUGGAGAAAAUUAGUUAAGAAAUUGCGAAGAAAACGCAUUAGAAGCGUUCGUGCUCAAGAACGCGACGCUAUCGAAGAAGCUGAACGUGUACGUAGAGAAAAAUCUCCUACAUACCAAGCGUGGUUAGAGGAACAAAAAGUUUUAGAAGAGCACAGAGUACAAGAGGAGGAGCGAUUGAAGAAAGAAGAAAAUGAGAAAUGGUUGAGAGCUGAAGCGGAGGGCAAGAAAAAGUGGGAAUUUUUAAGUAGAAAACUUGCUAAUGCCAGAGAAGAAAGAUCCAGACAACAAGCCUUAAUUAAAGCUGAAUGGGAAGCUGAGAGGCAAAAGUUAAAAGAGAUUGAAGAGCAAAAAUUAAAAGAACUGGAAGAAAAAAUUGCUAGAGAUAAAGUUUUAAGAGAAGAAAUUGAUCAUUAUAUUGAAAAUGGUGGUGAAUUACCCGAACAAUUUGUUGGAUCUCUAGAAACAAAUCCCAAUAAGGAGUUGUGUCCUUUCUUUAAAAAGACUGCGACAUGUCGCUUCGGAGAUGGCUGUUCAAGAAAUCAUAUAAGACCAAAAAUAAGUUGUUGUUUAUUAUUUCGUAAUUUUUAUACACAUAUUAGUUUAAACCAAACUGAAAACGAACAUGGAAGCGAUAUUUUGGAGUACGACACAAAAGAAAUUUAUAAUCACUUUAAAGAAUUUUUUUAUGAUGUCUUACCAGAAGCAGAGAAAUAUGGAAGAGUUAAAUAUUUCCGAGUUUGUUGCAACAAAGAGCUUCACCUCCGUGGAAACGUUUAUAUUGAAUACAGCAAUCCAAGGGAGGCCAUUAAAGCUUAUAGAUCACUUCAGGGAAGAUGGUAUGGUGGUAAACAAUUAAAUGUUGAAUUUUGUAAUAUAGCCUCAUGGAAAUCGGCUAUUUGUGGAUUAUUUUUUAAAAGAUCUUGUCCAAAAGGAAGUGCAUGCAAUUUUUUGCACAUUUUUAGAAACCCAGGGGAUUAUUAUGCGCACAUUGAUAAAGAAAGGGAUGAAAAGAAUCGAUAUCAAUAUGAAAAUAAAAAUGAAAACAGCUUUAAUAUAGAUGACUCAUCAAGGAAUUGGAGAUGGUCAGAAUCCCCUGAGAGAUUUAAUUACCAAGAAAAUGUAAAUAAUGGAGAGCAUAAGAGGAAAUAUAGAUCUCGAUCGAAAAGUAGGCAAAGAUUAAAAUCAAGAAGACGUUCAAAAUCGAAAUCGAGAAGUAAAGAAAGAUCGAGAAAGUAUUCAAAAUCAAAUUUAGAUAGACAUUCAAGUUCUAGAUCUCAUAAAUCUUAUCAAAACGAUAAAGAAAGUCGGAAGAAAAAACUAAGGAAAAGGGACAAAUCGAAAUCAUAAUUUAGUUAAAAUAAUUUUAAUGAAAUAAAACAAAAAUGAAUAUA